AAUGGAAUGUAAUGAGUUUUAAUAAAACUUCCCCAAGUUUUAUUAUGGUCAGGCAUGGGCCUAGUAUGGGAUCCCCAGCCACUUUUCAGGUGGGGCUGUGUUUUCCCUGUCCUGGGGAGUCUGCACCUCCCUGGUCAGAUCUGAAAGAAAAAAGAGCAAAGUUUGUAGAGGCUGCAGAGAGAAGACAGGAGGAGGCUGCAUGUUGGGAUAUUUUGGAUAUUCAGGCUAAGGAAGUAGAGAAAGAAAAAGAAAAAAACGUAGAAAAACAAAUGGCUGCAUCUGGGCCCCUAUCAGAAGGUGAACAUGGGUGGACAGUUUCAUAAGCAUAACAUGAGUGGAAAAGUCUACUGCUAAUAACAAAUAUCCGCUACCAAGUGGACCUCUUCAACUUAAUUUGUUCUCUUUGAAUAAAUGAAGAUUCAGACUUUGUAAUUUUAGUACAGUUAAAUGCAGACUUUGUAAUUUUAGUACAGUUAAAUGCAAUCA